GGCCCAAACUUCUUAAAACACAUUCCACCGUCUCACAAGCAUAUACCCCAGAGCUAAUGAGUGGUAUUUGGAGAGUAGAUUCGAACGUAGGAUUCAAGCAAUGGCAUCGAUGACCAUGACAGCCACAUUCCUCCCGUACAUCGCUAAGCUUCCAUCAACCACCGGCGGACGAAGGCUCUCCGUGGUCAGAGCCUCGACGAGCGAGAACGCAACCAGCUUACAAGUCAAGGCCAAGGAGGAACAUAGCAGCACCACAAUGAGGAGGGAUCUCAUGUUCACAGCUGCAGCUGCGGCGGUCUGUUCCUUGGCUAAGGCAGCCAUGGCUGACGAGGAGGAGCCCAAGCGAGGUACCGAGGCGGCGAAGAAGAAGUACGCUCAAGUUUGUGUCACGAUGCCUACCGCCAAGAUCUGCCGCUACUGAUUCAACUAUCCACCUUUCAUGUCUCUCUUUCUCAAUUAAGUUUGUUGAAGCAAGUGAUCUGAGAGUAGUCUCUCAUCUCUUUGUUCCACUCUCCGGAGUUGCCUCUGCCACGUCCUCUAUAAUUUCCUCUACUUUGUCCUCUCGAGUUCUGAUCAUUAGAUCCACCUAAACUUGAGAACAGCAGAUUGUUUUGUUGAUCGCUUGUUGUAUCUUCUUUGAUUCGUUCUUAAUAUGCUUUAAUUCUCCCAACAACAUCCUCAUACUUGAUUGCAUUUAAAUCUAGCAUCUGUUCCAGCGAGGCCACCAACAUGAUGAACUUUGAUCUAGGCAGGCUAUUUAAGAGCUUCCUUACUAGUUUAGGUUCUUCAAUACUCUGUCCUAAUGAGGCCAAUUUCGAUGCAAGUUCAGAUAACUUGCCUGAGAAGGUAUCUAUUGAUUCCGAAUCGGACAUCUUUAGACGUUCGAAAUCGUUCAUCAAGGUCUGCAGCCGAGCUUCUCUUACACGAUCUGCGCCAAGAUUUAUCGUUUUCAAAGCUUCCCACAUAUCUUUAGGAGAACUCUGUUCACCGAUUUGCAAUAUCAGAUUCUCUGGAACGGAUUGGAAAAGAAGUACCGUAGCAUAAUCAUUCUUCUCUUCUUUAUCUGUUCCCGGUUCGAUCGCUUCCCAUACCUUAUGGACGCGAAGAAAAACUUUCAUUCUCAUUGCCCAAACCGUGUAGUUGGUUGAAGUUAGCAUUGGACAGACAACAGUCCCGGGAAUCCCAUCUCUUCGUCCCAGCGUCUUCGUGUCUAUCAACGCUUUAUCUUCAGCCAUUGAUUCUGUGAGUCGCAAUCACACAAACUAACCUUAUGCUCUGAUACCAAAUCAAGUCUCCAAAGAUCGUAUGUAUGAAUGCGCUUAAUGUAUAAAACUGUAUCUUUGUUUUAUUUAUUUUCUUAACUUAUGAGAUCAACUUACAUUAUAGAUCUCUUUAUAUAUAGGAACUCUUAGCUUGUCCUAUUACAAUUGAGAUUAGGAAACUUAACUUUAUCCUAAUCUAUAAGUUAAUCUACUUUUCUUAA